GCUGUUGCCUUAGCGAUGUUUCAAAAUGGCGACGGAAGGGUUACGAUUUGAUGAUGGAUCUGGAGUUUUUGCUUCAAAUUGUUUCCCGGUCCGGAGUAUAUUUGGCCAUGGAUACGACGGUGGUGGAGCAUGGCUCAUAGCUCAUAGAGCGGAGCAGAGGAGAAGAUUUAAGGCUGUCCUGUGCACUAAACCAAGGACUUACUCAAGGAUCAGAGAAGAAAGGAAAAAGACUGAGCGUCUUGGUACAACCCUUGAUGGUCAGAAAUUUGAUGAAGAUGAGGAGGAAGAAGAAGAGGAGGCCCCUACCUUGGAUGGAUUCUUCCUUAUGAAGCAGUGUUGUGUGGAGGAUCCCUCGGACCUGUGCUCCAUCAACAUCGCGGGCAAGGAGCUCAGUGAGGUCAAGGAGGACGACUUCAGCCUCUUUGACAAUGUUGCUUAUGUCAAUGCGGGAGAGAAUUAUCUCCCCUUUGAGGCCUUCCGUGGCUUCCCUAUCAUACGAGAACUUGAGAUGCCUUUGAAUGGUUUGCGCAGUUUGAAGAUAGAUGUCACAGACUACCCAUUUCUGGAGUUACUGGACUUGUCCUACAACAACCUGUCUUCUGAGGACGUCCUGGCACUGGGGUUACUCCAGAAUCUCAAGGUCCUACACCUCACCGGCAACAACUUCAAGACACUGCCUGCUGACAUGUCGCUGCCCUAUAUCCCAGAUCCAAAACAAAAGACACGGUACCAAAGGUUCACAAAGCUGGAAGUACUCAUGCUGGAUGACAACAAACUUGGUGAUGUGAGCGUGUUCGCAGCACUGGCUGGGUUACAAAAACUUCAUCAUCUCAAUAUGGAGAAGAAUCAAAUUGCUUACGUUCCACAACUAAAGUCCGUAGAGGGCAAGGUCGUGACCCAGGAAAUCACAAUCCCUGAAAAGAAGAGCAAGUCAAGUGCAAAGGGAGGUAGAAGUAGCCGACGCUCAAAAUCAAGGGCAAGUAACUCUGCACACUCAGGUAAUGCUGAUGUGCAGAGAGCCGCCUCUCCUGAGGUCAAAGUUCAGAUUGAGGUCAAGGCUGAAGCACUGAAGGAGGUAUCUCAUCUCACCAAGGUGGAGGAGGAAGAGGAGGCAGUCAAUGUAGAGGACACUGAGAAACCCAAAAUGGAGGCGAAUCCUGUACAGGAUAACACGACAACAGAGGAGAAAGAGCUGUUAAAUGAUGACCUCAGUUUGAACGUUGGAGACCUGACCGCUCGGAUGAACGAGUUGAAUGAUGAUGCAGGGGAGACAACUCACCAGGCGGAGGACCAGCAAGCACAGUGCCCCUUCCCUGAACUGCGCUAUCUGAGUCUGGCGCAUAACCAGAUAAGUGACGAGGAUGCUCUGUUGGCCGUGGCGGCGUGGCCCAUGCUGGUGGAGCUGGUGAUACACAGCAACCCCCUGACAACCAACCACAGCGGCAACCCACCCCUCUUGAAGCGCUUCCUUCAGGACAGACUAGGCAUCAAGCUCGUCAGGAAAGAGCAGCCAUCAAUAGUGAAGCCGCAUCUGGAGGUUCACACACGGAAACACAGGACGGUGUCUGGCACUGUGCCGAAGGUGCCCAAACCCAGCAUAGAGGACAGGCUGAUGUUAGAAGCUCCCCCUCAACAAGCCCCGCAACACCCUGGUCAAGGGGAGAGAACUCUGUCUGGACUGGAUCUGCAGAAACCUCUGCCACCCAUCUCACCCCGGGUCUCCAAAGAAUGUCCACAGCCGUCACCACGAGUCGAUGCAUGGACAGAGGAUAAGAUGGCCACCACAAGCAGUGAAGACGCCUUCUUUAUGACACAGGUGGACGACCAGGAGGAAGAAAAGAAUGCUGCUUCAGAAGAGAAGACGGAGAAGAGAGAGCGAAGGAAAUCUGGGAAGAUCAGCGAUAGAUAUUGUGGAUACGAGGAGUUGCUGGACGUAGAUUCAGAUGAGGAGGAUGGGGAGAUUCCCAAAGAUAUCCAAGGCAACGUCCGAGCCCUGAAGUAUGCUCUGACCCACCAGCUGGUGUAUCGGGACCCCUCCGUCCACCUGGACAAGGUCACACGGCCAGUCCCAGAGUACAGAAGGGUGCCAGUGCCGCCUCCUAAACCCAAGACCCAAGCAGAGAAAGUUGAUGAGGUGCUUGAGAACCUGCGAACUCGAAGCACAGUGGAUGAGGCAAGCCUGGUGGAUGUGCUGAGCCACAAGAAGCAAUAUAAGAAGCAGUUCCCUGAAGCCCAAUCUCUCCUCCAGCAGAUCCAGCGUCGCUACAACGUCGUCCGUGUGAGCUCCAUGAAGGAGGCCCGAGAGGCAAGGAAGCACAUGCAGGGGGCCGCCGAUGAAGUGGGGAAGGCCAACAAACACAUCACCUCCCUCAAGAAGAAGGGGGUGAAGGUGUGCGAGUGACUGGACCUGAACAGGCAACAGCUCAACAUCUCCAGUCUGUCCUGACGUCCCUCCAGUGUAUUGUGUUGUGGUCACAACAUGCUGCUGUUGAAGUCCGUUCCAAGUCUGUCAGUUCUGUUCCUCACCAGACAAAUCAGUUCCUAUCAGUCAUAGAAGUGUCCAUCCUUCUGAGUUUUGAAGUCAAGACCUGUUGUGUCAUUUCCAAUUGAGUUAAUCAAAUUAUUGAUCGUUCAUGUAUGUAUUUGUGGUUGUUUUAGUGUAGAUUUUUGUUUGUUUUAGAUUGUUUUAGCUUCUUUUCAUGUUAAUUAAAAUGCUUCUCUGUGUCAUUAUCUUCCUUUGGGAGAAUAGUUAAUAAUGAAUUGUAAUGACUGUAAAUUUGGUUCACAAUUCCGUCCUAAUUAAUGUGAUACUGAUCUGUGAUAACCGCUAAGUGACUUUCUGUGUAUACAAUGCUUGUAUCCAAGCUUAGACUUACUGUUUUCAUGGUUGCCUCUUACAAAUAAAUACUUUCAUACAA